AUGACCAUCAAUGCAGCCAUCACCCGCUCACGCGUCAACGACCUCCUUGUGGCGCCGUCCAACCUGUUGGCCAACUGGGGCUCGACCAAAAGGGAGUCCGCGAUCAAGCAAAAGGAGAGCUUGCUUUUCAGUCGGCUGACCCCUAUGCUUUUUGAGCGGAUCGCCUCUCUACUCGGAUACGAGGAUACUGUCGCGCUCGGUCUGACCUGUCAGACAGCAGCUGAGCUGACUCGACCGAGGUACCGCGAGCACGCCCACCAUUAUCAUCACUCCGACUAUCCGGAAGAGGGCGGGAUGGAACUGCUCGGUACUGAGUAUGCCGUCGACGAACAUGGGCGGAGGAAGUUCAGCAACCCAAUACACGCCGUGCGCGUACUCGACUACGUUCUGCACCUCCCAGGCGAGUCAGCCGAUGCAGACGCUGCCAGCAAAUGGGUCCAUGGAGGGGAAGUGUCUCGACCCCGUUCUGGGGACAUGAGACGGGCUGGGGCGUGGAUCUCGAAUUGCUUGAGCCUGGCUCGAGUCAAUAUUGUCGUUGACCAGGACGGUGGGGCUCCAACGGAAACGCAAACGUCUACCCCACGCGAGCGGCCUGGCCUUGGCAUGCUUGAGCGGCUCACUAACCAUCGAACGAUGGCGUCGGUCACAGCGACAUGGGAUGGCUCCGGGUUUAAAGCGUUCUUGCCCUCAUACGAGCCAAUUCGAGGUCCGUCGUCCAUGACAUGGCCGCCGGGGCUGAGAAGAGCCGGGACGCGGUGUAGGACAUUGUGGCUCGAGGAAUGCAGUGGGGCACGCCUCCAUGACAUCUCCCGGGAUCAGAUGCCCAUUGCCAUCAGAGGCGGCGGCACAGACGAUGUGGUGACAUGGUUCAAUCGCAAAGACGACAUCAGCUUUCGAUACGCCAAAUCAUCUCUCGAUCCGUCGGAGGUGUUGGACGUCGUCGUCAAGAAUCUCGCCAUACAGACUGUGUACGUCAACAAGCACGACAGCAUCCACACUGCCGUUCUCUGUCCGCUGAAACGGGAAGAUUUCGGACUCGAUCCGCUUAUGACAGACGACGAGGUGAAUGCCUCGGUCCACACGCGCGUCCUCGAUGAGAUCAAGGAGCAGAAAAUGACAUCGAAGCCCGUGCUGCUGGGCGUCACAACCGAUGAAGGAUCACUGAUCUCGAGAUUACGCAGGCAUCGAGCGGCCGAGGAGAUCCUGGAGAUCUCGACGAUCGCUGCGCUGGCGGAGUAG